AAAAAUGAAGUGAUUUGUUGCUGGUGAGAGCAUCAAGAAUACAGAGCAUUGAGGAAACGGCUAGCUAUAACAGAAAAGCAAAGGUAUCUAAGACCAAGGCAUAAAGAAUGAUGAAGUUUAUAGUCGCCUUAUUCCUUCUCGUUCAAGUCAUUUUUACUGUGAUCGAUCAAGGAGAAGCUAAACUCGUUGUGAAACCAAAAAGUCGAAAGACAUUUCUACCAAGAUGCCCUUCAACACCUUCAAAAUAUCUGAAAAUCGCUAAAAAAAGUCUGCUUGAAGGAAAAAGAAGAAAGAGAUCGACAUCCGACUUUCCUGUUAACUGUGUAACACUGGCUUACAUGGGGACAAAUGGAGGGUUUAUUAUCCAUGCGGGUAUUCAAGAAUGCUGCGAAAAAUGUAAUGUUCCAAAGUUUUUGCAGUGUCUCGUUAGCCAUGCAGAAAACCCUCUCAGACUUUUCAUCUGCCAAAAUCGAGCGUAUUCUUGUAGCUUCAGAUGUCUCCUCCAACCAAGUGCGGCGAUGUUCCAAGUGAGAAUGCAAGCGAGAAUGCAAGCGAGAAGAAAAUGCACAUCAAAAGUAUGCACGCGAGGCAAAUGUUGUCUGCAACAACAUUGUAUCAAGUUGAAAACAAAAUCUCUAGUGAAACGACUUGAUUGAAACAUUCUUACAACACUAACGAGUUUAGCUACAUGCAUGCAAUGUUAAUUACAAUAAUUGUCAGAUAUUCAACGUAAACGAUAAUAAAAACAAAAUUUGAA